AUGUCCGCCCAAGACGACCUAUACCUGCUUGAGGAGUUGAUCCAGAUGAAGGGCCACAUAUCCCAACUCCAGGCCACAUUGAACCAGGUGCUUCUGCGGGCGCCGCUGGUGGCAAAAUACAAGGAAUUGUGUGGCGUGAUGGAACUGCCGGCCUCGCUUCCGCCUGUGCUAGCCUCGGCUCCACAAAUGGUGGACAAGCUCAAACAGACGGUGAAUACGCCCCAGAUCAAGGUGGCUGUCCGCAUCAAGGAGCUUUGCGAUAAGGGCUACUUGCCGUUUCUCCUAACGUUGGCGAAAUGCAACUUCAAGCUGACGAAGCUCGACCGCCAUGUGGGCUACAUAAUGCACUAUAAACCGCCCAAGGACCAGGAGCUGUUGAAGGAGGAGGAAAACGGGCAUCUCGUCGGCAAGGAUAUCGAAAUGUACCCUCCUAGUUUGCCUCCCAUUGAAGACAAUUCGUUGCUCAAGUUGGUGCUUACAGACAAGAGCUUGAGACAGCCUCCGGACUUCUUGGAGCUGCAGUUCCACGAGGGACAUCACGACUUCAACAACAACCACAACCGAAAAUUGGCCAUCAAGGGUAAAGCCUUGUUGGACUACCUCCUUUUGGAGAUUCUCGACGACAAGUUUAUCCACAAGGCCCACGAAGACGAUGUGGUGUAUGUCAAGAACAGGCUCACAUCGACCAUGAUCUUGGCCAAGUUUGCAUACCUCUACAACCUCACCGACGAGCUUCAACACGCUGUUUCCGACGAGCUUGCUUUUGAAGAUAAGCUUGUGGUUUUUAAAAAUGUCUUUCUUGCGUACAUCCAGGCUUUGACGAUGCUGAAGUAUAGCACGGCUGAAAUCAAGCGGUGGCUCGAGGCGCUUUACGAGCCCAUGUUGGCUAAGUUGCUGCGGGAGUAUAGCGACGGCGAGAUCUUGAAAAACGUCUAUGCCGUGGCGCUCUCUGAAUUCCACUUUCUCAUGACUCGUGUGAACAACUACUUUGAGCAGCCCACCAAGAAGAUCCGCUACGACUUCAAUGUGGUAGAACUGGAGCCGUUUGUUGUUACUCUCAAUAUUGCCGGAGAGGACUACAGCACGGGCACGGACAACACCGAGGUUGGAGCUCGUCAAAAGGCAGCCUAUGAAUUGUUCCAAAGUAAGACAUUGCGUUUCAAGCUCAUGAGGUACCUUUUUGACAACUACAAGAAACCAGAACCUACCAAGCCCGAGCUUCCAAAGGCAGAGGCUCCUAAACCAGCCGAACCAUCGCUAGCCAAGAUGAUUGACGAUGACGACGACUAUGAUCCUGAAGCAUUGAGCCUGACCAAAGACGAUACUCCAGCCUCUUCUCAAACACCUACAUCUUCACAAAAGCCAGAUGUGCCUUCAAAACCUGAGGCUCCACCAGCCAGAAAACCUUUGCCAUACGGUGCUUUACCUCCAAUUCCUACAAUGAAAAGGAGAGCGGCCAACAGGUAG